AUGGACAGCCUCCCUCAAGAACUAGUCGACCAUAUCAGCAGCUAUCUUGGGCGCAAUGAUCUCAAAAACACACUGUUAUUGACUACUAAAUUCCAGCGUGUAGCUGAACAGUACUCCGAGGCAUUUUCCACUUACACUAUCUCCGAAGACAAUAAUGGCGAUUUCGUCAAUUUCUGUCGUGGACGCCUCGUGCAGCAUCUGCGUAACAUCAAGUUUUGGCCUAGCCUGCCUGCACUCGAUAUGGACACCUACAAGAGAAACAGAGAGGCUUUCGAAGAUAAUCCGUGUCGCGACACCAUUGACGAACUUCGAGAGAUGGACGAAGAGUUCACGCGCCAAAUCCGUUCUUUCUUCACGAUGUUACACGAAGUUGAGCAGGCGGGGUUCCUAGAUGGACACAGGGGUCUCGAGCUCGAGAUACACAGUCCAACACGAGCUGUGGACGAAAGCGAGUUUUGCCUCCAUCGCGUAUUCACCAGCUGGCGCAUACACAUAAUCUCGCCUGAGACACUUCCGCAGAUUGCGUGCAUCCGCUCCCUGGUCAUCCGAAAUGGAACCGAUUUCGAGUGGCACGAUGUGCCGGAUCCUCCGUUCCGUAAACCAGAUCUCCGUAUGAUCCUCGAUAUUGCUGCUAGAUUGCCAAACCUCCAGGUAUUGAAGUGCAACGUCGGCGGCGACGAAUGGAUGGCCGCUCUCGAUUUGGAUGACGCGAUGUACACUGUCCAAGACUGGCCAGGCCCCCGUCGUGACUCCCGCCACAAUUUUGCAAAAGCAACUCAAGUCAUCCAGCUUCCUACUUUGAGCCACGUAAAUCUGGACUUCAUAUAUCCAAUCUAUAAAGCUGAUUGGGUUGACCAGCGUCUACCAAUGCCUAAUCUUGUCAAACCGGCAAUGUACGACCCUUUCAGCUCGAGUCUCCGUCUGCUAUCCUAUCAACUCCGAACAAUGAAGUUGAGAGUAGUGACUGACGAGACUUUGUUCUGGCCUGCUGACGGAAGCACACCCUCAUGGCCGAAUCUUGAGAGUCUGAGCGUCAUGUUCCACGCGGUCUCUCCUUCGGGUGCUUGGUACUUCGAAGGGCCGCACGACGUGGGAGCGAACGAAGGGGUUGAGAUUGAUGAUUCAUCAUAUCCGCCAUUAGAAACCACAGAAGAAGACGAGAUCGCGGAUGGAAGCUUUGACUGGGAGGUUGACUGGGAUGCUCAUCGUGUCUUUGCUCAAUACCGUGUCAAGCCCACCAACAAAACGCUGGUUCCGUUUCUUACAGCGUUCGCUAAGGCUGCAGCACUAAUGCCUUCGCUCAGGGAAGCUGCGUUGUGGGCACCUUUAACGUUCGACCCAGAGCAUGUGGAACAGUACGCCGGCUUCGACUGUAAAGAAGUAGCCCAUGCUACAAAUUGCGAGCUAGCAUGGGGAUUGGCGUACGCGAAGCCAGGAAUGCGAGCCUUCACGGAAGUCGUAGGCGAAAAUUUUGCCGCUUUCCCUCAGAUGUGGUGGUAUGUGGGAGAGUGGCGCCCCGACCCUGAGCUUCUUGAUCUCUUUCACCAGAUCGGGCGACAAGAACAGGACGAGCCGACUUCAAUGCAUUGGGGAGAUCGAUUCACCAACCCCGGUCUGGUGGAGAGGGGUGAGUUCGAAGGCUGGGAGUCUUGGCGAUUUGAUCACUGA